UGUGUAUUUGGGGUGGUGCAAUCGUUGUUGCAAAAUUAGUUUUCUCUGGGGAACUAGCCAGUCGUUCUGGUGUUGAACAUCCAUGCAAUGUGAAUGUAAAACAACUUUGUAGCCUAUUAGCAAACAAUCCAUUCGCAUGCGCGUCCAUUUUUUUUAUAAACAGGAAGAGUCAAAAGGCUUAGUGAAUCACAUGCUGCUGUAACAGAGCUCGUAAGUUCAGAGAAAACCACUUUUUUGCUGUACGUCAAACUUUCGAUCACGAAAAAGUAGUAUGUUUCACGGUCCCAAGUAAUAUCGGGCGGUGUUCUUUUAUUAUUUUAUUUUUUUAAAAGAGGGCAACUCAAGCAAUAUCAUAUUUUGUGUAGCAGAUAUGAAAAAACUGAUAUGAAAAAAUACUAAACGGGAGGAAAUAAUGGAGGGUCUUGACCCCGAAGAGCAAUUUCUUCGCAAUGCCAGGAAUGGAAACCUCCAGGGCAUUCAGAAGCUGCUGACCAGAACCAGAAUCAAUAUUAACUGCAAAGGUAAAAGCAAGAGUAAUUUUGGAUGGACACCCCUCCACCUGGCCUGUUACUUUGGACACAGAGAUGUGGUGGAGGAGCUGCUGAAGGCGGGAGCUGAUAUGAAUUUGCCUAACAACAUGGGGGACACUCCUCUGCAUAAAGCGGCCUUCACUGGGAGGAGGGAAGUUGUCAUGUUACUGUUACAGUAUGGUGCGUGUGCCACUGUCAUUAAUGGGACAGCGCAGAUUCCCAAAGACGUUACUGAAGUUGAUGAAAUUAAAACCAUGUUACAAGCGGCAGAGAGGACGGAGGAGAGGAAGAUGGAGGAGCAGCUUCUGGAGGCGGCACGGGAAGGGGACACAGUCACACUGAACCAGUUGCUAAACAGGAAAAGGCCCCCUGAUAUCAAUUGUAAAGACCUGCUGGAGAACACACCCCUUCACUGUGCAGCCUACCGAGGUCAGAAACUCUGCGCCCUUAAGCUUCUGAAGGCCGGGGCUAGUCCCAAUGCCAGGAACAAAAACGGUCAGACCGUGUUUGACCUCGCCAGUGAUGCGGAAAUGAAGCAGGUCCUAGAAGCCGCAGCAAAAAAGGGUAUGGCUCAUCAGGUCCAGACGUUUGAAGGUCAUCUGUGGAAGAGCUCCCGUUUUUUUGGCUGGCGCUCCCACUGGGUGGUCCUUCAGGAUGGGGUUCUGUCCUGGUAUCCCAAACAGGCGGAUGCAGCUGCUAGCACUCGCAGACAGGGAUGCAAGCCUCUGACCCAGGCUCAUUGCUUGAUCAAAGCCCGGGACAACUGCUUCUUCACCCUCAAGUGCUUUGAUGACAGUGUCCAUCAUUUUAAAGUAUCCCCAAAGAAUGAUCCUGAAGGGACAAGAAAAAGAUGGAUGGACGCCUUGGAGGAGCACUCGGCCUACAGCACACACUACUGCUCCCAUGAGCAGGGCAGCGAGGAAGAGGAAGACGACGUACUGUCUGUGGGUGAACUGACCGACUCGCUGCAGAAGGCCGAAGCCUGCCAGCAGAGAUUGGAGACGGAGCUAUCGGCGUUUCUCGCCAUGGUGAAGAGAAAUGAGCUGCCUGAACCAGAACUGCCGGCCAGCGUGCUGCAGAAGAUGAACGAGAUGAGCGAGCUCUCCAGCGAAGCCUGCGCCGCCCUCCGUCACUGCCUCAGCCUCUUCUCCAGACAGGACGGGGUACGGAACCUGAAGUUGGAGCAGGAAGUGGAGAAGAACAAGAUCCUGUCGGAAGCCCUGCAGACUCUGGCCACGGAGCACCACGAGCUGGAGCAGUCGGUGGCCAAGGGGUCCUCCCCUCGGAGCGUGCUCAGUGAGGAUGAGUUCUACGACGCCGUCUCAGAUUCCGGCUCGGAGCACUCCCUGAGCGGGUUCGAGACGGUGGCCAGCCGGUCCUUCGAGGGCGAGUCGGUCCAGUUCAGCAGCAUCCGCGGCAGCCCCGUCAGCAUGUUGCAGGAGGAUCGCCGCGGCGACGAGGAGCCCCAGGCCAACGGGAUAAAGAGGCACAGGACAAGCCUGCCAGCCCCCAUGUUUUCCAGGAAUGAUUUCAGCAUCUGGAGCAUCCUGAGGAAGUGCAUCGGAUUGGAGCUGUCUAAGAUAACCAUGCCGGUCAUCUUCAACGAGCCCUUAAGCUUCCUGCAGCGGUUGGCUGAGUACAUGGAGCACACGUACCUGAUCCACCAGGCCAACGCCACGUCUGACUCCAUCGAGAGGAUGAAGUGCGUGGCGGCUUUCGCCGUGUCCGCCGUGGCGUCGCAGUGGGAGAGGACCGGCAAGCCUUUCAACCCGCUCCUGGGAGAGACAUACGAGCUGGUCAGGGAGGACCUGGGCUUCAGGCUGAUCUCGGAGCAGGUCAGCCACCACCCGCCCGUCAGCGCCUUCCACGCCGAGGGCCUCAACAACGACUUUGUGUUCCACGGGUCCAUCUACCCCAAGCUCAAGUUCUGGGGCAAGAGCGUGGAGGCGGAGCCCAAAGGGAUCAUAACCCUGGAGCUGCCCAAGUAUAAUGAAGCGUACACAUGGACCAAUCCCACCUGCUGCGUCCACAACAUCAUAGUGGGCCAGCUGUGGAUCGAGCAAUACGGCAACAUGGAGGUGAUCAACCACAAAACCGGGGAAAGAUGCUGUCUGAAUUUCAAACCUUGCGGCCUUUUCGGAAAAGAGCUGCACAAAGUCGAGGGUUACAUCCUGGACAAAAGCAAGAGGAAGCUGUGUGCCCUGUACGGGAAGUGGACAGAGUGCAUGUACACCGUGGACCCGGCCGCACUCGACGCCCACAGGAGGAGCGACAAGAAGAACGCGGAGGAGAAGAGAGGGAGAUCGGGCUCGGAGGAGCCGGAGGAGUUGCCCCUGCCGGACGCCGACACGGUCCAGAUCAUCCCCGGCAGCCAGCUGCUGUGGAGGAUAUCGCCCCGGCCGCCCAACUCCGCCCAGAUGUACAGCUUCACUUCGUUCGCCAUGCAGCUGAACGAGCUGGAUAAAGACAUUGAGGACGUCGUUCCCAAAACGGACUGCAGGUUACGGCCUGACAUCCGCGCCAUGGAGAACGGGGACAUAGAUCUCGCCAGCGAGGAGAAGAAGCGGCUGGAGGAGAAACAGAGAGCGGCGCGCAAGAUCCGCGCCAAGUCCGACGAGGAGUGGAAGACCAGAAAUCCAGCUCUUGGCCCCAGGUGGUUUCACCAGGGACUCAACCCCCACGUGAGCUCCCAGGACUGGCUCUACUCCAGUGGAUACUGGGACAGAAACUAUUCCCAGCUCCCGGACAUCUACUGAUGUACUCUACAUUCCGUUUCAGUUCUGGCCCACUUCCAAGACUUUUAUGCAUUGUGUAACUCUAAUAAUUCUAAAACCUUUUUAGAACCUACCAGUUGAGGUGUUCAAGCAAGAAACUGAGACAUGGCUUAACUAAAUGAACUUACAGUGAAAAAGUGGCAAUAAUUAGUGCAUUUUUAAUAGUUGACACCUUUCAACGUGCAUUAAAGUUAUAUAUAUGUCUUUUUAUUUGAAAUUUUAACGUAUUAACUUAUUCAGAGUCUGAUAGAUACAGGAUACUCCACUCCACACUGUUGCUCCCUGUUCUUUUAUCCUUUCAUAUUAUAACACUGAUGCAGCAUUCAAAAAAAAGAACAAGUUUGUUUUCUAUGUUGCUGUUUAUCCAGGGGCUCUGUUAUCUUGCCGACAGCUUUUACUUUACCAAUUUAAUGUUUAAGGUGCUGUGUUUUUGCUUUGAAUGUGGUUGUCAUUUUGUGUUUCGCCUUCCACUACAGUUAAGCUUCAGGAAUAAAUAAGCCAUUUAGGUGAUCUUUUCUGAUCUAUUUAAGGAAAUGUACAGCUAUUUUGUGUAAGAAAAAAAAAGAAAGGAUGAUAAUAAUAAUAAUACUUGCUGUUACAUCAAUAUGAGUUAUGUAUAACCCUGAAGCUCAGCGGUUGCAUUUCAGAAGAAAUGCUGAAGUUGCAUCAGUGAUGCUCUUUCACGUGUUUAUAUGUUGAGUAUGCCUUAGAGAUAAUGAGACUGGGAUGUUCAUGGGUGUUUCAUUUUCUGGGACUGGGAGAGCGAUCCAAACUCUUGUUUCUGCUAUAAUGUCUUUGUUUGUAAGGCAAGAAGUUCCUUCCCUCCAAGAGAGCUGUAAAUAUGUCGGUACACCAUCUCCAGAUUAAGACGCUUGGGGACACUUCUGUGUAGACAGUGUAACGGCGCCAUGUAGGGUUGGGGCUUUGGUGUGGUGAGGUGGAGGAAGUUACGCAGAAGUGCAGAGUUAAUGUUAGUGAAGAGGUUGGUUUUUUUUCUGAUGUUCUCAGGAAUCGCUUCUUAAUAAGCUUCAGAUUAACACAGAACGCAAAAAUGAUAAUCACAGUAUUUCACGGACACGGACUUCAGAUCUCUUUGUUUAAAUCAGUUACAGAGGUGGUGGUGUUGGUGGUUAUAGCCCUGUACUGGAAGUGAAGUGGAGAAUAACUUCUGUUGGAAAAGGUCACAUGAUGUUAGGUGCUGGUCGGAAAAAAAAUAGUUACAGUAAUUGUGUGUGUGCGCGCAUGUCUGUCUGAAUGAAACUGGUUGUAAUAAUCUGACCCAAGAAUCUGAAAACCCUCAGUCACAUCAACUAUGCAAGAAGGGUACAGGAGGUGAAUGCAAGGUCAUGUCUUAACUCCUUUAGGUGCUGUAGCCUGAGAACAUUCCUCUACUCCAAUGUAAAAAAGGUACCGUAACUUUAAAAGGCAUAGAACUUUAGGAGGUUUAAAAUGAGUAGUACUUGAAAGACACACAAGUUCUGUGCUCUGGACAUACACCAUUUUAAAGACUGUUGUAUGUUAAGGAUCUUGAAUAUAGAUUUCUAUUGCUGCUAAAUAAAAGCUUAAAAAUACA